UAACAUUCCUUACUCAAUGGCCCUGCCCUACGCUGCAGUACCGCUGUAAUGACGGGUGGCGCUGUUGAUUUAGUGGCUGUGAGCACUCAGGAGAGCUAUAUGUUGAUUGGUUGAAAGAGUGCGUUACGUCAAGCGCUCCCGCGGAAGUACCGAGGUUUGGAAAACCGAGGUUGUGCUGCAUCGAGCACAGCGGGUGAAGGAGACGUUUACCUGUAAAUACAGUAAGAAUACAGCCAUGAGCUGAGGCUCCCAAAACCCGCCUUUCUCAAUGAUGAACGACAAACUGGUGUUCCUGGGUCUCCUUUACUUCAUCCAGGGCAUUCCGUAUGGCCUGCAGUUGUCUUUGCUCCCGGUGUACCUGCGUGGUGCUGGCCACUCCCUCACACACAUCAGCCUCACCAAAAUCCUCUAUUUCCCCUGGGUGCUCAAGGUACUCUGGGCCCCUCUGGUGGACCGGACUUGUACCAAGCGCUGCUGGUUAGUGGGCACAGUGGCUGGUCUGGCCCUCACCUGUUUGGUGAGCGCUACCAUCUCACCUGAUGUUCAGUACAUGGGUGUAGCGGGCUCCCUGCUCGCUAUGAACGUGCUGGCAUCAGUGCAGGACAUUGCGGCAGAUGGGGCGGCCGUGCGGCUGCUCAGGGGUCAGGGGGAGCUGGGUCUAGGAAACACCGUGCAGGUGGUGGGCUAUAAAGCUGGGUCUGUGUUUGCUGGAGGGGGGCUCCUGGCUGUGAUUGAUGUUGCAGGCUGGGGCUGGAUGUUUGCACUGCUGGCUUGCGUGUACGGUGGUGUUGCUCUGUUCGUGUGGGGUGCCCCGGUGUUGGAUGGAGAGUCUCCGCGGGGACAGGGAGAAGGACGGAGAGGGUCAAAGGAUGUGAUGCAGCCAUGGAAGGUGUGGAGGAAGCUCUUGUCUGUGCCAGGAACGCCAUGGACAAUGUUCUACAUUCUCACUUACAAACUAGGUGAACAGGGGGCUAUCACCAUGUUUCCUCUCUUCCUCCUGGACCACCACAUGACAGCCAGAGAGCUCGGGGUGUGGAAUGGGGUGGUUGCCAUGGCGUUUUCCAUCUGCGGCUCAUCAAUUGGGGGCUUCUUGCUCUCUCAGUACAGUAUUGGCCUGCUGAUGAGACGUGUGUUUAUGAUGAGGACUGUCAGCAUGGUCUUCCAGAGCUCACUUCUCGUAGUGCUGGAGCCCUCGGCCUUGAUGAAAGGUAUGGCAGUGCUGAGUCUGAGUUUGCAGCAUUUCAUAGCUGGUCUCAUCACCACUCUGACUUUCACCACAAUGAUGAACUGCACACAGAGAGCUGAGGAGAGCAUACAGGCCACCCACUACAGUUUUCUGGCCACUCUGGAGGUCCUGGGCAAACUGAGUUUUAGUGCCCUGGCUGGUGGUUUGGUGGACACUGUGGGCUUUCCCAUAGCCUUCAUCCUUUUCCUCUUCCUCACCUCCAGCAGUGCCCUGCACGUGUGGAGGGCCACAGAAACUGGCAUCCUGAAGGAGCAGCUCAAAGAGCAGCCACAGUGACCAGAGUUGUUAGCCUAUGAGAGAGAGAGUGUAUGGCUUGGUGAAAGAUAUGGAAAUUGAAUCUUAUACUUUGCAUAAGAUAUUGGUGACCCAAAUAGCCAGUGAAAUUAAUAUGUUGUUUUUAUUUGUAUUUAUUUAUGACUCAACCAGCAUUGACGUUACAAGAGCCACACAAGCACUCUCACUGAAAGCCAGCACCUCUCUGAAAAACACUGCAACUUCUUAACAGCUACAUUGCACCUCUACAGUAAACUAGCUUUAAAGGUACUUGCUUUUCAACGAGUCAUCCUGAAUGGCAAGCAGACUGAGCUAUGGCAACACUGUGAAUAUGUCAUCUAGUCUGCUUGAAGCCAGGACAGCAGUCAAUCAUUUAAAAAAGAAUCAAUAACAAAAUAUGGAUAAUCUAUUAUGUUUGAUAUAAUGGACAAUGACAACUGUAGUAUUCAGUAUGAUUUUACUGGUUAUUAAAGAUGAAUAGCUUGUUUAAGGGUCUAGUCUAGUUUGGUUUAGUUACACACACCCUAGUCAUUUACACAUUUCCUUAUAUACAGCAUGUAUUCACCUUAGAAAUGCCUUUAGUUUUUAAUCUGAUGCCUUCUGACACCUUAGAUACAUUUGCAGCAAAUUCCAUCAGCUUAUUGACCAAUCAGUAACAUGCUACAUUUUAAGGACUUGAUUUUUGAAAUCAUGUAAAUUUGGGAACAGUGUGAACACUGAAUUAUGGUACUAUGCUUAGUGGAGUGCAUUUUUGUAUUCUCAAUGCAAUACUUGUAUUAAAGGGGUCAUAUCAUUGGAAAAUGAAUAUUCAUAUAGAGUUAAAUAUAAGUUAAGUGUAUUACAAAAAAGCAUUGUACCUUUUGACAAUAUUGUACAUCCAACCCAGAUUCCUAUUUGGUGUUCAGCAACCAAAAAAUAUUAACUUAACUCCAAAUAAAUUAAUGAAAAGAGUGAAAUAAGUUAAAAACCUUGUGUUGUUCCUUUGUGGAGCAACUGAAAAUCCUCAUCCUUCCUAGAAUUAUUAGGAAAUGUUAGAAAAGAGUGGCCCAGCCACAAACAUGACCCAACUACUUCUCAUUUCACAUGUCAACAUGGUGUUUACAUUUGCACGUCUUCAUCAGAAAGAGUCAUAAAAAGAGUAGAAAGUGGUCAUGACAAACUGUUUUGAUGCAGAAAACUUGACUAACAUUGUAGGUGGACCUCAGGGAAAAAAUAGUUUUAAAAA